CGGACGAUGGAUAGAGACCCGUCGGGUCGCUCCGUUUCCGUUCCCAUCACAAGCUGGCUUCCGCCCGUCUCCUGGGGACGGGUGUGAACGUGGGAAAAAAAGACCUGGCACAGCGUGCGAUGACUCGCGAGGGCGGGAUUUGCUUUUUACUUGGACGAGACGACGGACAGAAAGAAAGAAGUGGAGGCCGGAGAGGAGACUGGUUCAUUUAAUGUUUGGUGGUCGUAGUUUUUUUUUUUUUAUUGUUAUUUUUUUUUGUAAGUGGAGUUUGGUAUUGGAUCCCUCUCUUCUUGGUAGCUGUGGAAUUAAAGAAUUGGGGAGAAGUUUGGAGGGAAUCUAAUUUGGCUGCGGUUCUGAUCGGUUCCUGAAGCAGAGACGACCUGAUUGAAAUUUAUUGUAGCUUAAAGGCAGCAUAUGUGAAAUAUCAGAGGACUGUGGUAUAUAAUGCAGGUGAAUAUGAGUUGUGGCUGCUUUGGAUCUUUACUGUCCAAGAAAAAGCAUCCUCCCCAAUCUCAACUAGAUAUGGGCGUGCUUCGUUCCCUAGGUCGCCAACCCAUGCUGUAAAGUUCGAAGCAACCCACUGCCGUCUUGUACUCAAAUGAACCAGGAGGCAUGAGCAGCUGUGUACCUCUCCUGGUGGUGUCCCUAACCAACACAUUUUGGGGCAAAAAACAUUUCCCUCGCAAAGAAAAACAUGGUUGGGGACAACUUUGCCCUCUAUGUGUUAAGCAAACACCGGCUUCCAUCUAAUAAGAAAAUAAAGCUUUUCUCUUAUAUUGAGCUGAAAUCAGCUACAGAUAGCUUUCGGCCAAGAAAUAAGAUUGGUCGGGGUGGUUUUGGAACAGUUUACAAGGGGACCCUUACAAAUGGAGAAGCAGUUGCGGUAAAGGUACUUUCUGCAGAAUCGAGGCAAGGGCUUAAGGAAUUUUUAACCGAGAUUGAUACCAUUACAAAUGUUCGGCAUCCAAACCUUGUUGAGCUAAUUGGUUGCUGUGUUGAAGGCAGUAACCGCAUCUUGGUCUACGAGUAUGUUGAAAAUAAUAGUCUAGACCGUGCAUUACUAGGUCCUAACAGUGACACAACAAAGAUGAAUUGGGCCACGAGAUCUGCAAUUUGUCUGGGCACUGCCAGGGGGCUUGCAUAUCUUCAUGAAGAACUUGAACCACCUAUCGUGCAUCGAGACAUUAAAGCUAGCAAUGUUCUCCUUGACCGAGAUUAUGUCCCAAAAAUUGGAGACUUUGGGUUGGCCAAGCUUUUUCCUGAUAAUGUUACUCAUAUCAGCACACGUGUUGCAGGAACAACUGGUUAUUUGGCGCCUGAGUAUGCAUUGCAUGGUCAAUUAACAAAGAAGGCUGAUGUGUAUAGCUUUGGGGUCCUUGUACUUGAAAUAAUUAGUGGCAGAAGUAGUUCAAAGACUGUCUGGUCAGAAAUGGGAAAGUAUAUCCUGGAAUGGACAUGGCACCUUUAUGAGCAAGGGAGACUCAAGGAACUUGUGGAUCCAGCGCUUGAAGAAUAUCCAGAAGAUGAAGUAGUAAGAUACAUGAAAGUAGCCCUUUUCUGCACCCAAGCAGCAAGUGUUCGGAGGCCAUCCGCGUCUCAGGUUGUAGAGAUGCUGUCUAGGCCCAUACGACUCAAUGAGAAGGAAUUGACACCACCAGGUUACAUGGAAGACUCUACGAGGAUGAGUAUGGGCUCGAAAGCUACGAACUCAAGCAAUUUGGCGUUCAAGGAUUCAUCUCGCAUCGACUCCACUCUAUUCACCUCGAAUCCUGUUUCCUAUUCUGAAAUAGUUCCAAGGUGACGUCUCUCUGCCCAUGUGGAAGAAUGUCAUGAACACAGCUGGUGGGGAAUGUCGUUAACCACAGCCGGUAGCACUUAGUCUGAUAGGAGCAUUGGUGAGAGUCCACCCCCCCCCCCCCCCCCAACAUUUUUUCCCUUCAAUUUUAAUCGUGAUCCAUUUGUUUCUAUCAUCCUCAAACAGUGCGUGCUGAAACAUGUAUUAGGUGUAGAUAUUCAUCUGUAUGUCUUUCAGUAUAUAAUAAAAUGACAGCUUUCUUAGGAGCAUGGCAAAGCAUGCUUUUCUCUCAAA